CAAUCCAUUGUUAUGCGUUUCCCCAUGCCUGCCGAUUUCCCUGCCAAUUUCAAUUUCCAACCUACCUUUGCCAGCAAGCCCACCCGUCGCUACCGCCCCCGCCAACGUAUGGUCAAGAAACCAAUUGUAACCAAGAAUUUCUUCAUUCACUCCGCUCCCGAAGAGACUCAAGCCGAAAUCGAUGAAGAAUUGGCUCAAUUGCAACAACAACCCCGCAAACAUUACAACGUCCUGUUUGUGAAGACACCCAGUCAGACCAACAAGGCUGCUGCCAUCAAUUUGGCCAAGGCUCUCAAAGAAGAAAAGACCGUUGUCUAUGUUUUGGCUAAGAAGACCUCCGCCGCCGAUUUGCAAGAUGCCAUCCAAGAGGCACCUCAACACAUCAACAAACCUGAAGUGUUCUUCAUCAAGUACCGCACUCCCGAAGAAGCUGCCAAUGCCCAACGUCAAAUCCAAUCUCAAUACGACAGCUUGGGAGGUUCCACCACCAUCACUGAUGAAGGUGUUGCUCCCAGUACUUCUGUUAUUGGUUCUUUGGAUGCCUCCGCCGAGGAAGAAGAUGAAGAAGAGACCAAGCAACAACAAUUGCAACAGGAACAACAAGCCAGCGGUGAUUAUGGCGUGCAACAGCCCCAACAGGUUCAAUACGAUGAACAACAAUUGGUGAAUGCCAUCCAAACUGCUGCCGCCACAAAUGGCGGCUAUUUGCCACCCUCCAAUCAGUUCUAAGAAGAUCUUCGUUGUUAGAUACCCCCUCUUAAUGUUAUUUAGUUAGUUA